GAAGUGACUAAGCUUCUUGGACUCGGCAUCCAUAAACCAACGAAAGGGAAAAGGGCAGAAUGCAAGUUUAUCAUGUAUUUCCGUCUGCAAUGACAAUGUAAAAUUUAGAAAGAAGAAAUUCAAGAGCGUAUAUGGAAAUAAUGUUAAUUGUUGAAAUGUAUUAAGAGAUAAACAUACGCCAUUAAAAGAUAUUGGAAGAACAGGAUCUGUUAUUUAGCGAGACUCGUAGCGUAAAUCAUUGUCUGCUAACUUGGUACAUCUAUUGUAUAGAUAAACAUUACCCCGUAGAAUGGUAUAGCUAAAUAAUACCAAUUAUUUAAAGAUAAUAAAUUCAUUUUGUGUAAAGUAAUGAAGAUAAUGAAGUGUACAUAAAGAGUGGAGUGGGUGGGAAAUCUAGAAACAAUCUAGACGUGGCACGUAACAAAGUCGAAAGAGAAUAAGCAUAAGAAACGGUCUGAGUCUAAGAAAGAGGAGGAGAAACAGAAACAUGACAUCCGUUUAUUAAUAGAUGCAGCGCAGCUUUCGCGUCUCCCACACGAUAAGAGACCUUCCCCUCUUCAAUUCUAUCCUCCUCAUCUUCUUUUUUUUUACUUUUCCUCGUCUUCUCAUUCUUCUUCAUCUUCUCCCAGCGUUUCGUUUUUCUUUUUCGACAGACUAAAAAAUGGCAGAAGCCGAGGAUAUUCAACCACUCGUAUGCGAUAAUGGAACAGGAAUGGUCAAGGCCGGAUUUGCAGGAGAUGAUGCUCCAAGAGCUGUAUUCCCCAGUAUUGUGGGGCGUCCUCGACACACGGGUGUCAUGGUGGGUAUGGGCCAAAAGGAUGCCUAUGUCGGGGACGAAGCUCAAUCAAAGAGAGGUAUUUUGACUUUAAAAUACCCCAUUGAGCAUGGAAUUGUUAGCAAUUGGGAUGACAUGGAGAAGAUUUGGCAUCACACUUUUUAUAAUGAGCUGCGUGUGGCUCCAGAAGAGCAUCCAGUUCUCCUGACAGAAGCUCCUCUCAACCCUAAAGCCAAUCGUGAAAAAAUGACUCAGAUUAUGUUUGAGACGUUUAAUACUCCUGCAAUGUAUGUAGCCAUCCAGGCAGUUCUUUCUCUUUAUGCUAGUGGUCGUACUACGGGUAUUGUUCUGGACUCUGGUGAUGGUGUCAGUCACACAGUACCUAUCUAUGAAGGCUAUUCCCUCCCCCACGCAAUUCUGCGUCUUGAUCUGGCAGGUCGUGACCUCACAGAUGCUCUCAUGAAGAUAUUGACUGAGCGUGGUUACUCUUUUACCACGACAGCAGAGCGUGAAAUUGUAAGGGACAUGAAAGAGAAGCUAGCCUACAUUGCUCUUGAUUACGAACAAGAGCUAGAAACAUCAAAGACCAGCUCAGCUGUGGAGAAGAGCUAUGAACUUCCUGAUGGACAGGUGAUAACCAUUGGUGCUGAGCGAUUCCGUUGUCCAGAAGUCCUCUUCCAGCCAUCGAUGAUAGGAAUGGAAGCUGCAGGAAUACACGAAACCACAUACAAUUCUAUCAUGAAGUGUGACGUGGAUAUUAGGAAGGAACUUUAUGGAAACAUUGUUCUCAGUGGUGGAACAACCAUGUUCCCCGGCAUUGCUGACAGAAUGAGCAAGGAAAUCACAGCAUUGGCGCCAAGUAGCAUGAAGAUUAAGGUGGUGGCACCACCAGAGAGGAAGUACAGUGUGUGGAUUGGAGGCUCAAUCUUGGCAUCUCUCAGCACAUUUCAGCAGAUGUGGAUUGCAAAGGCAGAGUAUGAUGAAUCUGGGCCAUCAAUUGUUCACAGGAAAUGCUUCUAAGUACUUAAAGCUAAGAGAACUGGUGUUUGCAGAGCUAUAUUCAUUUUGGGAUGUGGAAAAGCUUCUGAUACAAUCCUUGCAGCACUGGCUUAUUUUAUCUUGUUUUUCAGUUAUAUAUAUUACUGGUCCAAUCCGUCUCUUCGUCUACUACUGGAGGCUGGAUCAUACCAAGAUUAAAAUUUCUGUCAAUAAUAAUUUGUAGAAGAUUGUUUAUUUUGAUUAUCCAGUGAUUUAAUACUAUUUUUUAUCUGAUUA